UUUUUCUUUGCAGCUACAGCUGAUGUUUAUAGAAAUUUGGGUAAUGAGGCCUUCAAGAAAGGAGAUUUCAUCAAUGCUAUUCAUUUUUACACCAAAGGAAUUAAAAUGAACUGCAAUGAGAAAGAACUGAAGGCCAAACUGCACAACAACAGGGCUAUUGCACAUUUUAAACUUGGUAAGAUGAUGAGAGCUUUAAUAUGCAUUUUUUUUCUAUUUUGAAGCUAUUGAGUUGUCAGUAGUAGUUUUCUGAAAAGGUGAUAAUUUUGAAUGCAUGCCCGGAAAAAUUUACAUCUUAAUUAUCUUGGCCUCUCAAAUAUACAAAGAAGUAACCUCUUACCCCAGAUAUCAACGAGCAUCACAAGUUUUUCCCAAAAUUAUAGUAAUGGUAGUUGGUUUGCAACAUGUAUGGCUAAUCAGAGAUGUUUAUUUCAAUAACAGGAAAUCACCAGGAUUCACUAAGGGAUGCAGAAGCAGCCAUUGAGUUAAAUCCAACUUUCCUUAAGGCAAUUGUGAGAGGUUAGAUAUGUUAGCUGUGCUAUAAUAAUAAUAACAAAAGAACUCAACACUCUAAGGUUAAAUGAGGUUAAAUGGAGUUCAAUCUUGUCUCAAUUGACUUUAAUUAAGAGGUCGAGACCACCCUGAUGUACAUUUGAAUCCAGCUCUUGACUGCUACGCCAUUACUUUCCAUUAAUCAUGAUAAGAAUAUUAUUUUUAACGGGAUGAAGAAUUCAAUGCGGAAUGCAAAGAAAAAUUUCAGCAUGAAUAUUUUAGUUCCUUAAGUCCAAUGAGUCACAGGUGUCAGAUAUGUUAAGAGCGUGUCCACGAGAGCACCGGGCAGUCGUGCUACAAGCCAUCUCACCGAUUUCAAUGAAACUUUGGCAGUUUAAAGGGUCUACCCCAAAACUCAAAGAGACAAACUGGUUUCUGUCUUGGUUCUUCCAGGGGGAGAUAGACCACCCCCGGUUUUUCUUGGUUUUCACCAAGGAAAUCGCUUCAAAUAGGUAAAAUGUAUGAAGCUCUCACGGCGAUGGUCUCUAACCGAUUACUUUGAGGAUUUGCACACAUAUUUUUACAUCCUUAGUUAAUGUCUGCUGCGAGUAUCAUUCAGUUUGAUUAACGGCUUGUCAAUCAAUAGAGGCAAAUAUACGAGUUUGGUUUUAGACUUUUCGAUUCAUCCAAAUAUUUGACAACUUUGAGGUCAAAUAUCUCCCGUUGCCAGAAAGGUACAACACUAAUCCUAAUUCCCCUUUAUAACCCAUUAUUUCAUCUCUGAAAAUCAUCAAAAAAAUCUUCGGGCACUACCGUAUUUUUGUCUUGGAUGCCUUUUAAAAUCUGCGACUGUGACAAGUUUCUCUUAACUACACCUGUCACGCAAUUCUUGCUCUAGGCGGUCACUUGACAAAAUAAACCUACCUUUUUUAGCUCUUUAUACAAGAUGAUUGAUCAAGAAAGGUGAAAAAUGUGAAAAAUUUUCGAGAUUUUUUGUAGGAAUAGAAAAUUUCACGUUUAGAGAGAUGCAUGUAAACGAAAAAUCAAUGGCAAAAUCGUAGCGUUUCUUUCUUCAGUCGUUUAUUACUUUAUUACUUUUUAUUACAACUUCGGCUUUUACGAACAAGAAGUUAUUUUGAAAAGCAUUUCACUAUAAAAAAUUGCGAUAAAACAUUUCUUAAAAUCAUUUUUAACAUUUUCGGCGUUUCUUUCUUCAGUCGUUUAUUACUUUAUUACUUUUUAUUACAACUUCGGCUUUUACGAACAAGAAGUGAUUUUGAAGAGCAUUUCACUAUAAAAAAUUGCGAUAAAACAUGUCUUAAAAUCAUUUCUAACAUUUUCGGCUUUUACAGACGAGAAAUUCUGCGCUCUCGCUCGAGAGCAAAUAUCAAUAGUUCUAUCGGACUAAAAACUGUGCCUCUAUCCCGAAAAAGAAAUUAAAAUAGUGUUGUCGUUGUCACUUACCGCCAUCGAACAUUUCCAUGCAGAACUCCGGUAAGCUAACAUCUGUUGUGUGACCCGAAGACUCUUAGUAGGAAUUAUUCAAGCGCGUUGUUCAUGCUGUCUGUUAGAUAACAAUUUCAGAAUAAUCUGCAGAUCUCUAUGAUUAUUUGCCUGCUUCGAUCGUAAAAUAUCUGCAUAUUUUUUUCAAGCAUUUUAUUACUACACAUCAAUCUACGUCUCUCUAGAUCGAGUGUUGCCGGCGUUUAAUUGCGUGACUUGUAAAAUUUUUAAACAAGAAUCUGAGCCAGUGAUAAUUUGACGAGUAGCCUUCCUGCAAAUUUCCCUUGAUGAAAUCCCAAGACAUAGCCAGUUGUUUUCGUGAGCAAAGACAAUAAACACGAGAGAAAAGUGAGAUGCAAAUGUCUUCUUUUUUUUUAGCUUAAUAGCAGCUUUACCCUCUCCUGCAGUCUUCGUCUAAAUUUUGCAAGGUCUCUCCUUAUUUUCUGCCUUGUUCGGUCAGUUUCGAAUUCUGAAGCUAGAUCAUUGGCAUCGGCCUCUCCGUCCUUAUUCAUAUUUACAGAGGGGGACCUCAUCAAUAAACCAAUUUUUGUUACGGCAGAUAACCGGCUGAAGUAUCGAGCGAUUUGCUGCUGUAUCAACCGGUCAGUCUUAGACAACAUUUCUGGCUGGUGUCGUCUCUUAAACUCGAUAUUUGGGAAAUCACAUUAGAGGCGGUUGCCUUACUAGUUUCCUCCCUUGUCCAGCACACGUCUAGGAGAUAAUUCUCUGCUUUCUGAGAAAAGGUGGCUGUUUUUUGUGUUUUCCAAAGAGCCCAUCCCAAGUCCUCUUGGCUAGUUAGGGAUUGUUCGUCAGAAUUUUUACCUGAGGUCCGACCUGGAACGUAGCCAUCCCCUAUAGAAUGGCAAGCCGGUCUUAGUCCAUUUCCUCUUGAUCUUAUCCUAGGCGGAAUUUUUUUUAGUCGGCCUCACUGUGUUUGUCUUUGUCAGGGUACAUUUGGAUGGCAGCCAAUGACUGAAACGUCUUGAUACAUCCUUCUUUUGGCAAGAAUAUCUCGCUUUCUUGUUCCGUCUAUGACGGAUUGCGUAUAGCUCUCUUGAUGACCCGCGUUCAGAAAUCUGUGCAAGUUGCUGAUAACCACCCGCUUCUACGAUAAGUUUGCUGAAGGUUUCUAAUGUCACGAGCCUAGUGAGACCCUGAGGUGCUUCAAAGUGUGCCAGUUGGUCUGCGCUAUAAUCUUGUCGCAGUUCUUAAGUCAGAGGGAGGAUCGCCCACCUCUAUCUAUGUGAGCGCCUCUACAGUACCUGCAUAUCCCUAGCAAUCAUAUGAUAUAAAGUUUAUCUCAGUCACAAAUCACCAGUUAGGAAAACUGAUGUUCAUAUAAGCGCUGUUCUUGCCCUUCUUCGUUAUUCAUUGCCGACUCUAAGAUAGCAGCUACAGUAGGCGUUCUAUUUAGGUUUACAGUCACCUUGCCGCCACCAGGAAGACUCGCCACCAGCUUUGAUUUCUUCUGCCAUCUGCAGAUUCAUCUCUCUCUCACUUUAUGUCUCCGAUUUUUAUGAGGAGGAUACUGGCAUUUACGAACCCGAAGGUCUGAAUCUCACACCAAGUUGUGCACGAUAUUUCAGGUACAUCGUGAAAUCGCGGCCUUCGUAAUCUUCAAAUAAGCCAAUACGCGCUAGAAUAAGCUCCAUCUCGGACGAAACGCAUGUUUGGGAUACAUCGACGUCUCUCAAAUGUUUUUUUAAAGCUGUAUACCCACGAAUUUAGAGGUAUGAGCUGUUGCCGUCCCUGGCCAGCGCGAGAAAAAUAACAUUUGGUUCUACAGUUAGUUGCAAAUGAACAAGACAACUGCACCAUCUUGACUUUAUCAAUUCGAGUGUUAGUUGAAUUGAGGGCUUUUUAGACACUCGAUUUCUUAUAUGACAUCACCAUGAAGUCGUAAUACAACUGAUACACCUACACUACAUAGGAUUAACAAUGUCUGUUGCGCUGUUACGAGAAGGAGGAAAAUGUUACCGGAAGUGUAAACUCUUUUUAAAAAGAGUUUCAGAGACGUUUCUGAGAUGUCUAUCUUUGAUCGGCUGUCACAAAAAAAUGACACCCACUUAAAUUUACUAGGAAAAAUGACCUUACCAACUCCUUGUUGAAAAAAUUGGAAUUCAUUUGACCGAUACGCCGGUUGUUUCAAUUUUUCUUUUUCCUCGGGCUGCUAUGAAACAGUUCAUAAAUUGACUAAUGAAUAAAGUGUUUUGAAAUACCGUUCGGGAUUUGCCUUUUUUUUCUGCGUGCAAAUGAAGGGUAGACAAAGUUUUUAAAACAUUUGACUAGAAUUUCAUAGAGUUCACCUCGAUAUAUUUCGUCGGCCAGAGUCAAGACGCGCCAAGCUAAGCGAGAUCGCCUUCCAGUAAAAAAUUUUCCAAAGAAUAAACGUGGCGAGCGUGAGGAAACGCAAAUUUUUUUCAUCAUUGUGAUCAAAGCUCAAUGAUGUACCUAAAUUGGUACUUACGGUAUCAAACCAUUGAUUAUGACAGGGUGAGCUUAGUUUUUCUGUCGAGGUCGACGUGACUUCACAUUAAAAGCAUUUUUGACGGAACAAACUAGUGAGCAUCACUGCACGAACUGAGAAAGUAAAAACUUGUAUUUAUCUCCCACGCGUUUCGUCUGACAAUAGUAGACUUCAUUAAAUAUUUUUUCAAGUAGGGUAAAUAAGCUUGCUCAUAUACAAGUAGUAAAUAAGUUGUGUCUUUACUAUUGAAGUCAGUGGAUAGAAUACGCCAGGUGCGCCUACGGUGUUAUACAUGCGUGACAUUUUCCGGAAGUUACACGUACGAGUACGUGAUCCGUUUAAGGGUCACAGAUUUAGUGUAAAUUUUUCACUCCUCAACAUCACCCAAUGUCUCUAGUUUACAGAGGUCUUAGAACGUUUCAUUAUAUCGAGUUGCCUUCUGCGGGUAGAAGGCUACAAGCGAAUUUCUUAGGCGUAAUUGCCUUUGAUUUCUCAAUUGAUGUUGUCCCAAACACAGUUUUUGGGAGUCACGAGACAAAAAAAAACUUAUCAGGACCUAGUUUCAUGUUCUAAUGGAAAUAGAUAGCAAAUAAAAACACAUUUUCUUGAGAAAUAAAGUCGCAAAUGACGGGGGUUCUCUGAAACAAAUAGUGAAAGAAAAGGAUUUCAGUUCUGGUCAAUAUUGACUUUUCAUGGCCUACUUCCAAAUCUGAGGGAACGUGCUGAGGGAAUAAAAAAAACAUAAAUGUGUGAUAAUGCAAGCAAGAGAAUGAAAAUAGAAAUAAAGAAAAAGGAGAAAACAUAGGAACCCGUGUUGCAGCGUGCAGAUAUCUUUUGAACCAGACCUACACACAUAAGCCCGACACCAGCCAGAGAAACUCGAAAGAGUCCUGUAUAUGAACUAGCUCGCACGUGUACGCAGGAAAGGCCAUAACACUCAGCGAAAAUAAUAGCAAAUGCAGAUGAUAUUUGCAGUCAAAAAACAGGAAAAUAAGAUAACAGAAGGAUUAGGAACUUUUUAGAAGUGCCUUCUUGAAAAAAAAAGAUGAACAAUUUUUACUUCUAAUAAAUGGUCACGCAGUGACCCUACAAAUACUAUUCCUAUACGUGGAAUUUCUUGAUGGUGGAAAGUGGAAAAAACAUUUUCCAGUCUUAUUCUCUGGAAACACGGUGUAGUUAAUGAAUUUAUGGGGCUAUUGAUAUUUCCUAACAAAAAAGGGGGGCAGAGUUUCCCGUCAUUCGCGGUAUGGAAAAGCCGAAGUUGUUACACUCGGGAACUUGUACGUCAACAAGCAGGCGACAUGUGACUUUAAAAUCUCCUCUCCUGUUACAGUUUCCUUAUUGUAAACUGUGCGAUAAUGAAAAUAGACGAUCAGAGUAUAGGCUAAUGAAUGUUUUGUUCUGCACAAGAGCCCUAUGUCCUGAUUUUAGCAAAUCUUCAAAGUAAUAAGCGACUGAAGAAAGAAACGCUACAAUUUUCAUAUUGAUUUUCCGUCAACAUGCAUCUCUCUAAACGUGAAAGUUUCCAUUCCUACAAAAAAUCUCUAAAGUUUUACACAUUUUUCACCUUUCUUGACCAAUCAUCUUGUAUAAAGAGCUAAAAAAUUUAGGUUUAUUUUGUCAAGUGACCGCCUAGAGCAAGAAUUGCGUGACAAGUGUAGUUGAGAGAAACUUGUCACAGUCGCAGAUUUUAAAAGGCAUCCAACACAAAAAUACGGUAGUGCCCAAAGAUUUUUUUGAUGAUUUUCAGCGAUGAAAUGAUGGGUUAUAAAGGGUAAUUAAGAUUAGUGUUGUAGCUUUCUGGCAACGGGAGAUAUUUGACCUCAAAGUUGUCAAAUAUUUGGAUGAAUCGAAAAGUCUAAAAACACAGUCGUAUAUUUGUCUCUGUUGAUUGACAAGCCGUUGAUCAAACUGACUGAUACUCGCGGCGGCCAUUAACUAAGGAUGUAAAAAUAUGUGUGCAAAUCCUCAAAGUAAUCGGUUAAAUACCAACGCAGCAGAGCUUCAUAUAUUUUACCUAUUUGAAGCGAUUUCCUUGGUGAAAACCAAGAUAAACCGGGGGGUGGUCCAUCUCCCCCCGGAAAAACCAAAACAGAAACCAGUCUGUUUUUUUUAGUUUUGGGGUAGACCCUUUAAACUGACAAAGUUUCAUUGAAAUCGGUGAGAUGACAUGUAGCACGACUUCCCAGUGCUCUCGUGGACACGCUCUUAAGUCACUAUCUAGCUGUUUUAAAAAGAAGGAUCAGGACUUACCUAAGUUUUAGUGUUUUUGUGGGAGUUGUUGAUCCUAAUUUAAGUGUUCUUAGAAGUUUCAGUUGUCUGUAAAGCUAAAUAAAUGUAACUGAAACCUAAUAGGAACUGUUUAUUCUUUUCCGUUUAGUUUUUUUGUAUUGCUUUGUUUUGUAUUUUUUUUUCUCCUGGUCUGUAAUGAUUUCAAUGGUUUCAGGUUCUUUUCUCAGAAUUGAGCUACAGUAAUAGUAUGCUUCUUUGUGUUGUUGCCUACAGCAGCCACUGCUUGUGUUGAAUUGAAGAGAUUUGAAGAAGCAAUCACUUGGUGCGAUAAGGGACUAGCUGUAUCCUUUGAUGGAAUCUUUCAUUUUUAACCGUGGGUAUAAUGGAAAAAGUUUCCAUAAUUUGAUGUUUCAAGAGAGAAAAUACAAAGAAGGGUAUUAAUUAUGAUGGGAACUUGUCAGCUCACAUACUUUAAGUGUGUGUGAUUAAAAACAUAGGAGAAGUUAUUACCUCAUGACUUAUUAAUGAAAUUACUCCUUUUAGCCAAUUUGACUUAGUUCUACUAUCCAUGCCAAUAACUGGUACAUUAGUUUAGAUAACCUUUUAAUUCACAGACCAAAUUUGUAAUUAUCCUUACUGUCAACCAUACAAUUCUUGUAAUGUUAGUACAGAGAAUUCAGUAUUGCAUCAACUAACUAUUUUCAAAUUGAUAUAUAUAUUUUUUUUACUCUCAACACUUAUCUGAUUGAUAUUGUAUUGCUAUUGUAAGGAGAAAUUCUCUUUUGGUCACUCAUGGGAGUUAAAGGGUUAGAAGACUAAUAUUCAUCCAGUUUAUACAUAGUACUUGGGUAGAUGAUCUCUCUAAAACAAGCCAGAACAAAAAGCUCUGUAAUGUUUUCUUAUGCAGAUUUUCUUGCCUUCGACCUUUUUCCACUACUUAGAGACUCAGAAACUUUCGUUGUGCUUUCCUAUGGACAAAUAACAAUUUUAAAGACAUGUAUUUGUGUUGUAGACUCUUUUCUUCCACUGCUGUAAAACAUUUGUCUGAUGUUAAGGCUAUAUUAAUUAAAAAAUUGGGCAAGUGCUGCUCAGUUUUUGGAAACUAGGGAUUAAAUCUAGAUAUUUCGCGUUAAAUUUUGAGGCUGCACACAGAAAAAACAUUUUUUGAAGUGUAGAUUUACUUCAUAACUGACUUUAAGACUGAAUGUUGAUAAAUCAUCUACCUUUCAUGCAAAGCCCUCCUAAUGGGCCAUUUUAUAGUUGUGUACUUAGUUGCCAAGCCUUUGAUUUGGAGUGAGGCUGAAGGUGACCUUGUUGUGAUAGAGACCAGUAUCUAGAAACGAUAACAACAAAGUAGUUUGCAUUUAAAAAGCAGCAAUGCUUUAAUCAUAACAAGGUCACCCUUAAUCAUGGCUCUUGUUCAGAGGUUUGGGAACCAAGCACGCAAAUGUUAAAAUGGACUAUUACAUAUCAAUAUGAUCAGAACCAUAAUCUUUUUUGUUUCUUCCACAUUUUUAACCCUUAACAUAAAAAAGAUUGACAAAAACAAUAGCAUCUUGUUGUCAUUAAGACUUCAGUCUGUCAGUGAAGUGGGAGAUAAGUCCAUGGAGGAAAAAGGUCCUAUGAGUCAUGACCACGGUAGUGCAAGUUCAGGUGAUGUCAAGAAAGUCAUAGAUCUCUAUAAUCAGGGAAAAGAAGCCAUAGAGUACCUCAACCUAUAUCUUAAAAAAGCUAAAGAAGUAGGAGACAAGCAUGGGGAGGGUAACGCUUAUAGCAGUCUUGGCAAUGCUUAUCACCGUCUGGGUGAUUUCAAAAAAGCCAAGGAGUACCACAACCUACAUCUUAAAAUAGCUAAAGAAGUAGGAGACAAGCAUGGGGAGGGUGUUGCUUAUGGCAGUCUAGGCAAUGCUUAUUUAAGUCUGUGUGAUUUCAAAAAAGCCAUAGAGUACCACAACCUAAAUCUUAAAAUAGCUAAAGAAGUAGGAGACAAGCAUGGGGAGGGUGGUGCUUAUGGCAAUCUUGGCAAUGCUUAUCACCGUCUGGGUGAUUUCAAAAAAGCCAUAGAGUACCACAACCUACAUCUUAAAAUGGCUAAAGAAGUAGGAGACAAGCAUGGGGAGGGUAACGCUUAUUGCAGUCUUGGCAAUGCUUAUCGCCGUCUGGGUGAUUUCAAAAAAGCCAUAGAUUACCACAACCUACAUCUUAAAAUCGUUAAAGAAGUAGGAGACAAGCAUGGGGAGGGUGUUGCUUAUGGCAAUCUUGGCAAUGCUUAUGACAGUCUGGGUGAUUUCAAAAAAGGCAAAGAGUACCACAACCUACAUCUUAAAAUAGCUAAAGAAGUAGGAGACAAGCAUGGGGAGGGUGGUGCUUAUGGCAAUCUUGGCAAUGCUUAUGGCCGUCUGGGUGAUUUCAAAAAAGCCAUAGAGUACCACAACCUACAUCUUAAAAUAGCUAAAGAAGUAGGAGACAAGCAUGGAGAGGGUGUUGCUCAUGGCAAUCUUGGCAAUGCUUAUCACCGUCUGGGUGAUUUCAAAAAAGCCAUAGAGUACCACAACCUAGAUCGUAAAAUAGCUAAAGAAGUAGGAGACAAGCAUGGGGAGGGUGGUGCUUAUGGCAAUCUUGGCAAUGUUUAUUUUAGUCUGGGUGAUUUCAAAAAAGCCAUUGAGUACCACAACCUAAAUCUUAAAAUAGCUAAAGAAGUAGGAGACAAGCAUGGGGAGGGUAACGCUUAUGGCAAUCUUGGCAAUGCUUAUGGCCGUCUGGGUGAUUUCAAAAAAGCCAUAGAGUACCACAACCUACAUCUUAAAAUCGCUAAAGAAGUAGGAGACAAGCAUGGGGAGGGUGGUGCUUAUGGCAAUCUUGGCAAUGCUUAUCACCGUCUGGGUGAUUUCAAAAAAGCCAUAGAGUUCCACAACCUACAUCUUAAAAUAGCUAAAGAAGUAGGAGACAAGCAUGGGGAGGGUAACGCUUAUGGCGAUCUUGGCAUUGCUUAUGGCCGUCUGGGUGAUUUCAAAAAAGCCAUAGAGUACCACAACCUACAUCUUAAAUUCGCUAAAGAAGUAGGAGACAAGCAUGGGGAGGGUGUUGCUUAUGGCAAUCUGGGCAAUGCCUAUGACUGUCUGGGUGAUUUAAAAAAAGCCAUAGAGUACCACAACCUAAUUCUUAAAAUAGCUAAAGAAGUAGGAGACAAGCAUGGGGAGGGUGUUGCUUAUGGCAAUCUUGGCAGUGCUUAUUCUAGACUGGGUGAUUUCAAAAAAGCCAUAGAGUACAACAACCUAGAUCUUAAAAUAGCUAAAGAAGUAGGAGACAAGCAUGGGGAGGGUGGUGCUUAUGGCAAUCUUGGCAAUGCUUAUCACCGUCUGGGUGAUUUCAAAAAAGCCAUAGAGUACCACAACCUACAUCUUAAAAUCGCUAAAGAAGUAGGAGACAAAUCCUUGGAGGCAAUGGCCUACUCUUCAUUAGCAUUGGUUUUUGAGUUGCAAGGUAGACUGCCAAAAGCCGUUGAACAUUAUCAAGCUAGCAUAAACUUAUUCAAUUCCUUGAGAGUACUUCUAAUAUCUAAAGAUGAGUGGAAAGUUAAUUUUCGAAAUCAGCAUCAAGUGGCGUAUACGGGUUUGUGGAGAGUUCUCGUAGAACAAGGUAAUGUAGAUGAAGCCUUAUUUGUUGCUGAGAAAGGACGAGCUCAAGCUCUGACCGACCUCAUGGAAUCCAGUUUUUGUGGUGGAACAAGUCACCACAAGGGAGAAGAUGAAGAUUGCGCAGUUUUAAAAAGCGUUCCAUCAAACACUGUCUUUCAGGCAGUGGACAAAGCUAACGUCAAUCUUUGGGUUGUGUCCGAAGGAAAACAAGUUCAGUUAAGACAAAGUAAACUCAGAGGUUUUGUUUCAGAGAAUAGUGGAUCUAGCCUGUCCUUUGAGUCGUUCAUGCUCGGUAUCUAUACACAACUUGGUGUUCGUUCUAAUGUGAGAUGCGAGAAUCGAUCUUUAGAUGCUUUGAGGGAGGGCCGUUCAAAAGUGGAUGAGAAAACCAAAGAAGCCAAGCCUCAAUCUCGCAUCCAACAAGACGGAUGCUUGAGCACUUUGUAUGAUAUCGUUAUGAAGCCGGUGGCUGACUUGAUUGAAGGGGAUGAGCUACUCAUUAUUCCUGAUGGACCCCUGUGGAUCGCUCCUUACGCUGCAUUGAAGGAUGGUAAUUCUAAAUACCUGUGUGAAUCGUUCACAAUCCGAGUCGCUCCAUCGUUAGCAAGUCUUAGACUCAUUGCCGAUUGCCCUGAUGAUUAUCACAAAAGCAGUGGUGCGUUACUUGUAGGAGAUCCGUGGGUAUCCGAGGUUACUAACAGCAAAGGAAAGAAAGUCUUCGAGCAGCUUCAGUAUGCUAAAAAAGAAGUAGAAAUGAUCGGGAAAAUUCUGAAUAUCACGCCAAUCACUGGCAGUCAGGCCACGAAACGUGAGGUGUUGAAAAGACUCAGUUCCGUUUCCCUAGUUCACUUUGCGGCACACGGAUGUAUGGAAACUGGCGAAAUUGCUCUUACGCCUGACCCAGACCGAAUAUCUACUGUGCCAACGGAGGAGGAUUACAUUUUAACAAUUGGAGAUGUGUUGAAUGCUCAACUUCGGGCCAAACUUGUUGUGCUUAGUUGCUGCCACAGCGGUCGGGGCGAGAUCAAGGCUGAAGGUGUGGUUGGCAUUGCGCGCGCUUUUAUGGGGGCUGGUGCUCGGUCUAUUGUGGUGUCCCUGUGGGCGAUUAAUGACGAGGCUACUCUUGAGUUCAUGAAACACUUUUAUCAACAACUUGCAGGAGGUAAACCAGCAAGCGAGUCACUGAACCUGGCCAUGAAAAGCCUCAGAGAAUCAGACACGUUCUGCGACAUCAAAUACUGGGCGCCCUUUUUGCUGAUUGGAGAUGACGUCACUCUUGACUUCAAGGCAAAGGAAAGAGAAAAUUUGAAUAUGAAAUCACAUAAAUGA